AUGUCCAGUACAGAACAGGUGACAGCUAAAGAUGUUGUCUGGUAUAUCCCUAACAAGAUUGGUUACAUGAGAGUGAUCUCUGCAAUCAUCUCAUUUGCAACAAUGAGGGAUUAUCCGUUUUUGACUAUGCUUGUUUAUGGUGUCUCAUGCUUGCUUGAUGCUUUGGAUGGUACCAUGGCGAGAAAGUAUAACCAAGUUAGUCGACUGGGCGCUGUGUUGGAUAUGGUCACCGAUAGAUCGACAACUUCCGGUUUGAUGUGUUACCUAUGUUUCGCUUACCCAUCUAGAAUAUGGUGUGUAUUUUUCCAAGUCUUGUUGGGCCUUGAUAUUUCAAGUCAUUACAUGCACAUGUAUGCGAACUUGAGUGGUGGUCAAGGUUCCCACAAGAACGUCAGUAAGGAAUCUUCAAGAUUAUUACACUUGUACUACACGAGAAGAGAUGUUCUGUUCACUAUCUGUGCGUUCAAUGAAGUAUUCUACGGUGGAUUGUAUUUUUAUUCAUUCCCUCAAUACGCAACUGUUGGUAAAUGGUUAUGCAUUAUUUGCUUGCCUGGCUACAUUUUCAAGCAAGUAGCCAAUGUCAUUCAGUUGAAUAGAGCUGCAUUGAUGCUAGCAGAGCUAGAUGCAAAGGAUGCCAAUGAAAGAGCAAAGUCCCAAUAA